AUGGCUGCCAAGCACCUGAUGGCCAAAGCGUUGGUCGACAGCUUGUACAAUGCUGGUGUACGAUAUGUCUUUGGCAUUCCUGGCGCCAAGAUUGAUGCUCUGUUUGAUGAGCUGGUGGAUAUCCCGCUGAUCGUUUGUCGGCACGAACAGAACGCAGCGUUUCUCGCAGCGGCAACAGGGCUCAUCACAGGCGUACCAGGGGUCUGCAUGGCGACGUCUGGGCCAGGAGCAGCCAACCUCACCACAGGGCUCGUCACUGCUACGACCGAGGGCGAUCCCGUCGUGGCCAUCAUUGGCUCUGUGCCGAGGAAGGCUGCCCUCAAGCACACUCAUCAGUCGAUGAAGGCCACCAGCAUCUUAUCGGACACGGCCAAGUCUGUCGUCACAAUCGAGACCGAGGACCAGGUAACCGAAGCAAUCCUGACCGCGUUUCGGACUGCAACAACUUCACCUCAGGGCGCCACGGUCGUUGACAUACCUCUCGAUAUUGCGGCAAGCAGUUGUAAAAUGCCAGCUUUCGUCCCAGAAGCAUACAUCUCUCCAACGUUCGGUCCAGCCCCAGGGCAUAUGAUUAACGCCGUACGACGAAUGAUCGAGACAGCCAAGCUUCCUGUCCUCUUUCUUGGCCAACGUGCCAGUAAUCCGCUGGUAGUGUCAGCUAUUCGCAAGUUCCUAACAGGGCAUCCUAUCCCGGUAGUCGAGACUUUCCAGGCAGCUGGCGCCAUUCCCCAUGAACUCGCCUCGAGCGUCUUCUUCGGCCGCGUGGGCUUCUUCCGCAACCAAGUUGGUGACCGACUGCUUGCUGCAUCUGACCUGAUUGUAACAGUUGGCUACGACCCGUGGGAGUACGAUACGAACCAAUGGAAUCCAGAGGGCCGUGCCAAAACUGUGCACAUCGACCCGACUGUCGAGUUGCUGGGCUCUAUCUACGAGAACAUCACCGCCUUGUGCAGCAAUGUGACUCGAAGUAGCACUAUUGAGACUAGUGACAUCUGUCGUACCCUACGUAGCGAGCUAAACGCAUGGCAUCACACAUUGGACACUGGCGAGGGUGACUCGCAGCUGAUACAGCCGCUUCAUUUCGUCUCGGCUCUUCAAGAGCGAGUCUCCAAAGACACCACUGUCACGUGUGACGUGGGCACGGUAUAUCUGUACAUCAUGCGAUACUUCAGGGCUUACGAAGCUCGUCGUCUCCUCUGCUCCAACGGUCAACAAACUCUCGGCAUUGGAAUGCCCUGGGCGAUCGCAGCAUCGCUCGCUCAGAAUCCGCCUUGCUCGCAGAAAGUGGUCAGUAUCUCCGGAGACAGUGGAUUCAUGUUCUCGGCUCAAGAACUCAGCACAGCCGCGCAACAGGGAUGCAACAUUACCCAUUUCCUGUGGAAUAGUAAUUCGUACGACAUGGUUGAGUUUCAGGAAGAGCUAAAGUAUGGCCGGAGCAGCGGGAUCAAACUGGGAGGUGUGGAUUUUGUAAAGCUCAUCGAAGCGUUCGAUGGGAAACGGUUCAGGGUGAAUCACCCGGACGAGCUGGAAAGUACCAUGGACAAGGCGCUGAGCCACAAAGGUCUGUCGGUCGUGGAGGUGCCGAUUGACUAUAGCCGAGCUGCAGAUUUGAUGGCUUAUGUGAUCCCGGAUAGUCUAGGAUGA